GCACCUCUCAGUUCCUUCUCCCUCCUCCUCUUCCUCACGCACACAUAAAGCCCCUGAUUCUUCUUUAGACACAGUAGAAGUGAUACAGCCAGCUACCUGUUGACAGAGCCAGCUAACACAGGAGUGUGUGAAGAUGUCAGACCCACAGGGUUCCACCGAGCCUCUUAUCAGGGCUCCCAGCCAUACGGCCGUCGCUGUUGGAGAACAAGCAGGGCGCAGUUCGACCCGGGCCUACAAGGUGGCCGGUUUGACCCUGCUGGCCUGUGUGCUGAUCGCAGGCCAGGCUUUGGUGGCCUACUUUGUCCUCAGCCAGAGGGGCGACAUCCAGUCCCUGAAGGACCAGAACAACAACCUGAGAGAUGAGCUGAAGAAAGGAAGCUCUGCUGCCGUGCCCAUGCAGGCCCACAGGCCCAUGAGCAUCAUGCCCAUGCUGACCGAUGACUUCACCGAAGAGGAGGCAUCCACUGAGACUCCUGGAAAGAAGGCAGCCUCUCAGCAGGACACCGAGUGCCAGCUGCAAGCGGCUGGUCUGAAGCCUAUGCAGCUGCCAUCUUUCCGCCCUGCCUGUGAUGAGCAGGGCCGCUUCCGGGCCCAGCAGUGCUGGAUGGACCAGUGCUGGUGUGUGGACCCUGCCACCGGGACACAGAUCACUGGGUCUCUUCGGCACGGACCGGUCCGCUGCGCUGCAGGCAUCAGACCUGCUGCUGCCACCGGACGGCUGGCCAAAAUGUUGACUGUGCCUGACAUGCUGCAGCUUAAUGAUGAGUAAUUCACGCCAAAGGAAUCUCAUCCAAGAGCCAGCGAUGCUUCUUGUAAUCAUGAAAGCCUACCGUGUUCUCAGCUUUCAGUCGCCGUGCUGUUGAAGUUGAACUUUAUCAAGCUAUGCAGAAAAUCAUUCUUCCUACUUUUUCACAUUGUAAUCAUUAAUCUUCUGUCACGUGAUCAAAUUAUUGUGACUCAUUUGCUAUUGACAAUAUAAGAAUUAAUCACCUGUUUCUCUUCAUUUAUCAUAGGUCAAUUAAAAAAAAAUAUCUGCUAUAGUAACUAUUUCUUAAAAUAUAUAUAUUGUUUGCUAAUUUUGCCUGAUUAAAAGAGCACUCUAGUAAGCUAAGAAGUGUUUUUGUAAAUGAAACUGGAGUGAAAGACAACAUGUCACCGCUGUCGUGAAUGCUGACCUGACGAUUAGUAACCCUGUAGUCUGUCCACAAUUUAGCAUAAGGUACGGGACAAUUCUAGUGGGAUGAGGGCAAAGUGCAACUUCUGUAUAUCGCUGUUAACAAAAGAAUUGGGGCGAAUGUAGAUGAAAUAUCAUUCACUGAUUAGAAGGCAGGCACUCAGGUCGGGGAAUUUUUUGACAAAGUUAGUAAAGGACAACAUUCUGCGAUAGAAGGCACAGGUAUAAUUUGACACAAUCUAGAAAAACUGUGUAGUUAUGAAAGCGGGAGACAGACCACAUGAAGAGACAAAGACCUGCAAAAUGUGUUUGCCCAUUUUAUUUUAAUAACACAAAUAAAC